AUGGACGAGUUCCAAGGUGCAGAAGAAACAUCUUUCGUUGUAGAUGAAGUCAGCAACAUUAUCAAGGAGUCUGUUGAGGGAGCGAUCGGUGGAAACGCAUAUCAACACAACAAGGUGAACCAGUGGACUUCCAAUGUCGUCGAGCAGUGUUUGAACCAGCUAACAAAGCUUGGCAAGCCGUUCAAGUACAUUGUGACCUGUGUAAUCAUGCAGAAGAAUGGUGCCGGCCUCCACACCGCUAGCUCUUGCUUCUGGGAUAACACUUCGGACGGGAGUUGUACUGUAAGAUGGGAAAACAAGACGAUGUAUUGUAUCGUGAGUGUGUUCGGGUUGGCGAUUUAA